GAGGAGAGAACCAAUAGCUCCGUCGCUUACAGCGCGGCCCUCCCACCGGGGACCAAUAGGAUGAGCGCUUGCUGCGGCAGCACUCUCGGCAGGGAACAUGGCGCCUCCUGCUCGCUACUGCGUCCCCGGCGAGCGGCUGUGCAGCGCGGAGGAGGCCACGGCUGGCAGCGGGACGUACACCCGCCAUGGCUUCAUCUUUUCCUCGCUGGCUGGCUGCCUGGAGAAGAGGAGCGAGGAGAGCGGGCUGCCUGUCGUGUCGGUGGUGAGAGAUGCCGAGUCCCAGCUCCUGCCCGACGUGGGGGCCGUGGUGACAUGCAAGGUAGGGGGCUGGAGGGCACUGGGAUCGAUGGCAGCUCUCCCAGCCUUUCUCCAUAUUGGUUCGCCUUCGCUCAGAUCCGUCUCCCUUUUCAGGAGAGAAGACAUUCGAGCCACGGAGAAAGAUAAGGUAGAAGUGUACAAGAGCUUCCGUCCCGGUGACAUAGUCCUGGCCAAAGUCAUCUCGCUGGGGGACGCGCAGUCCAACUACCUGCUGAGCACGGCGGAGAACGAGCUGGGGGUGGUGGUGGCACGCAGCGAGGCAGGGGUGCAGAUGGUGCCCAUCAGCUGGUGUGAGAUGCAGUGCCCACGGACACACACCAAGGACUUCCGUAAGGUGGCCCGCGUGCAGCCCCAGUUCCUCCAGACAUAGCAGGGGGUCCUGUGGGGCGAGGGGCUGCUGGGGCUGGGGGGCCAGAGCAGCCCUGGGGCUCCAGCCUCCUCCUCCUCCUCCAUGCGUGCAAGAGGCCGGAGCAGCCUGACAGGCCCUUUGCCAGCAGGAUGGAUUUUCUC